CGCUGCGCCCGUCGCCGCCGCCCAGAUGGCCGCGGGCGUCGCCCCGCCGCGCCUCCCCCCCUCACCUUCGCCGCGCUCGAGUGGCCGCGCUCUCCCCCGCGCUGCUGUCCCCUCCCGCGUAGUGCUUGCCUUUGUUCCAGGAAUAGCGCUCCGGGUCCCCGCCGCUGCCUCUGGGCCCCGCUCCGGAGCGCGCCGCCGCCCUCUGCGGCCGGCCGGGCCCCUCCCGUGCGCACUUGGACUCGGGCCCGCGCUCCAGCUGCGGGCCGGGCUCGCGUUACACGCCGGGCAGACCACCUACAGCCGGGCCGCCGCGGGCCGCCUCCGCCAGACUGACCGCCAGGCCUGCAGCGCGCUGCCCGGAGACCCGCGCUGCCGCCGCCGUCCACCGCGCGCCACCGACGGCCUGCGGCCUGCGGCGAUCUGGGCUCAGCCGGGAAGUAUCUGAGCGGGCCGCGGCCCCUGGACGGUGACUCCAGCAGCUCGCCACCCCCGACCCCCGGAGGGGCCGGCCAGCCUCUCGCCUGCAGCGGGACCCGUUCCCCCCCUCCUCCCAGAGACCUCUUCUGCUCCUGCCAGGUGGCCGCCAGGUCCCAGGGGUGCCUGGCAGCCAAAUCCAGCCACUCGUUUUCUUUCUCCUGUGGACCUGUUCGUUUUGCCCAGAACCCAGUUCUCUUCUCAAUUCGCAGCUGUCUCUCUGAUGUGUGCCUUUUGUCCCACACGGUAAUUAAGCCCUGCACUCUGCCCAGCUCUUCUACACUACCUGGACAAACGUCUUUUCCUUCUUUUCAAUAAAUGUCAGACGCUAGUAAAAAGAAA